AUGGACAACAGAUUUUCCAGGGGUCACCUCGGGUUCAAGCAAACAUAUUGUUGUACUUCUUUCUCCAAAUCCAAAAAAUCUGAACUCGAAUGUGGCGAUAAAAUUGUGAUGCCCGAAUCAGCCCUUCAUGCAUUGAUGGCCAGGAAUAUCCCGCAUCCAUAUAUGUUUCAAAUUAAACCAUAUUACAAUCCAGGGCAUGUUUGUCACUGCGGCAUCUCAGAAUUCACCGCGGACGAGGGAUUUAUCAAGGUGCCCGAUCGGAUGAUGGAGAACUUGAAUUUACAAGAAGAAGAGCUUGUACUGGUCAAAAGCACCUUACUUCCGACUGGAAAUUUCAUGAAACUGCAGCCACAUUCAACAAAGUUCAUCCAACUCUCAAACCCAAAAGCUGUUCUUGAAAAAACUCUGCGCAGUUUUUCUUGUUUGCGCACCGGAAAUACCAUAAUGGUCACUCAUAAUGACCAGAAGUUUUACUUAAAUGUUUUGGAAAGUAAACCUGGCCCUGCAAUUUGUCUCAUAGAAAUGGAUUGCAAGGGGAGACGCUUGGACGGGGAAUCUGUAGACGGUAAAGUGGCUAGCAACAAGACUCAAGAGAACAAUGCGCCGACCACCGGUGGCAGCUCCAGCGGAUCAGGUGCGGUUUCGGCGUCAACCACCAGUGUUGGCGGCAAGAAAUCUGGAAAGCUUGUUUUUGGCUCCAACGGCUUGGAGAGAUUAUCAGAUGACUCGAGGAAUGGCUUCAAACUCGAAGAGAGAAAAGAGCAAAAAUUUCAAGCUUUCACAGGCAAGAAACAUGUACUAGGAAGCCUAUAG